AAUGUGAAAUUGAUGCCAGCACCUCCAUGUGGAUUUAUGUUUUUCUGGGGAAUCUUCUUCGUGGAAUAGGAGAAACUCCCAUUCAGCCUCUAGGCAUCUCAUACCUUGAUGAUUUUGCCUGUGAAGACAACGCAGCCUUCUAUAUUGGGUGCGUGCAGACGGUUGCAAUUAUAGGACCAAUCUUUGGCUUCCUAUUAGGUUCAUUAUGUGCCAAAUUGUAUGUUGACAUUGGCUUUAUGAAUCUAGAUCACAUAACCAUUACUCCAAAGGAUCCCCAGUGGGUAGGUGCCUGGUGGCUUGGUUAUCUAAUAGCGGGAGUCAUAAGUCUUCUCGCAGCUGUGCCUUUCUGGUGUUUACCAAAGAGUCUACCAAGGCCUUGUGGUCGAGAAGAUACUAAUUCCUCCUCUGAGGAAGGCAAGUUCAUAACAGACUACCAAACACCCUGUGGAAAAAAAGUAAAAAUAAUAGAAAUGGCAAAAGAUUUUCUUCCAUCACUGAAGAAUCUUUUUGGAAAUCCAGUGUACUGCUUGUAUUUGUGUGCAAGUUCUGUUCAGUUGAAUUCUUUAUUUGGCAUGGUGACAUAUAAACCAAAGUACAUUGAGCAACAGUAUGGACAAUCAACCUCCAAGGCCAACUUUGUAAUUGUCUAUGAAGAUAUCAUUUAA